AUGCCUCUUCCGCAGAACGCCAGUCUGCCCCUCCAGGGCGUUCCCGUCCAACAGUCAAAGCCCAAACAUGCCAUGCUCUUCCGCAUGUCCGCGGAGACCUUUGACGCGCUCGAAGACCUCCCUAAAGUCGAAUUCAAGUUCGGGGACAAUCCUGGCCUCUACAUCGGCGACUCCUUCUUCCCCGUCCAGCAAUCCAAGGAGAGCCUUCCGCAUGAGCUCUACCUCCGUGUGGCCAGCCAAGGCAAGCCCAUGGUGCCGCUCAAACUAUGCGCGAACGUCGUCGGCAAGAUGAAGGUCGACGCCCAGCUCUCCGACGAGAUUCGCCAACGAGUUCGGGAGCGUCAGGUUGAGGCGGAGGCCUUCCGGAAGGGACGGUCACGCCCGAUGGACAAGGUCAUCCAGAUGUGUGCGGGAGACAUGCCUCAGGCCGAGAUCAAGUCCGUUAUACACGCGGUCGCGGAGCAUGACCCUGACGGCUCCGAGUCGUUGCCGCUGUGGCGACUGAAGAUCAACUCGUGGCGCGAGGUCCGGCCUUGGGACUACCCCAAGCUCACAGAUGCAGAGCGACAGCGCCUCGCCACUCAAGCGCGCUCGCUGUUCAAAGACCUCCUGAAGGUCCCGGACACGGAUCCGGUCUGGGACCACGGGACCAAGAAGACGACGAAGGCGGAUACGGCGCGCAGCCGGGUCUCCGACAUCGUCGUGCCGGCGAAGGAUGAGAGCAAAAAGGGGAAGGCGCGCGCGGUCGACCGCGACUUGGAUGAAGGCGAGCUCAGCUCGGUGGGCACCCCGACGAGCGUGCGCCCCGGCGGCCGGCGGCAACCAGGAUCGGGCUACAGGGCGAAGCCAUCCGCGACACCUCCAGCGACGCGAACUGCCUGCACCGUCCGGACCAGCCAAGCCGCAACCGCCCAUUGCGCCCCCAUCUGCGGGUGGAUCCCGCGCCAACUCUGUGGCCGCCGCUGCGGCGCAGAUCCGGAAGCGAAAUGCAGCUGGGACGCCCCGUCUAUCGAGGACGAGCGGCCGUCGGCGAGCAGCAAGGUGAGCCCUCGCUUCGCCCCCGCCACCCAACUGCCGACCUUCAAGAAGAACAAGCGGCUGCAGGAUGAAAUCGCAGACUCGGAGUCGGAGCGGGAGACACCCCUCAAAGGAGGCAUCGCCCGCGCUCGCCUUUUCUCCGCCGCGCGGGUCCGUCGCUCGGUCGCCGCUGCCCCCGCGCGCGGAUACGAAGCCGACAACGUCGUCGAACGGAAAGAGCACCGGGCGCUCCGACUCGCGCGCGGACUCCAUCCCCCGCCGGAGCGUGUCGUCCAAGCCGCGGCGGAACUCGCCGAUAUACACGUCCUCGUCCGCCGAUGGAGAGGGCGACGCCGACGCCGACGGGGACGACGACCCCUCCUUCCGGCCGCCACCGCGAACUCCUCCGCGUCGUCCGACGGCGCGCCCCCUCGCGCAAAGCCGGUGAAGUCCUUCGCGCGCUUCACCCCCCGGCGGCCGUUCCCGUGCAACUCGCCCGACCUGCGCAAGUACUGGCGCGUGUGCCACGCGGCGUACACGGCUCUCUGCGAGCGGCACCAGCUCCUGCGGGACACGGCCGCGCGGCUGCUGGCGGACAUCAACGCGGGCCGCAGCGGGGAAGAGACGGUGAUGGACGUCGAUCCGGAGAGCCUGAUGCCCGAGGUCGCGCACGCGUUCGCGGAGGAGCUCAAGACGGUCGAAGACGAGCUGAACAAGAUCCGGGACGCCUGGCGUCGCCUCGGCGGCGGUUUAACGGACGGGCGGGAGCUGUGUUGA